UGAGGAGAGAGAGAGUGAGAGCGCAGGCGGAUCGCACAGCUCACACAGUAGCAUCAAUGCAUGCACACGUCUUCCUGUAGGCAGUCCAACCUGCGCCACACGAAUGUCAAAUUGACAAUUGAUGCUUGCAUCGAUCUGUGUGAUUUUUGAUUAAGUCAAAGGGGGUCCUGUUUCUCAAUCUAAGAAGAAUCUCAUCCAAUAGUAGUAUUUACUAAAUUCGUUUUUUUUGGCUAAUGGAAAAAUGGCGAUCUCUACUCAGUCCUGCAGCACCUUCUGCUUGGUGUUAGUGCAGACUGUCUUCAUUAUUAGUGUCACCUCACCGGGGACGGACAGCCUCAGCUUUCCUCAGCAAUAUACAAUGAUGUACUGGGCCAGACGAAUUGAGCAGGAAUUGGACAGAGUGCUUCAGCAUGCCAGCUCCCAGCAGCUGAGAGGGAUUUACAAUGAGAAGAGGCGUCAGUUCGGCCUGGUGAAGAACACGCCCAGCGACGUGGUGCAGAAGGUCUCCUCAGACAUUGAGAGGCUCUUGGGAAAGAAGCGCAAGGCGCUUGAGAAACUGACCAGAGAAGCUGAGCGGUUACAGAAGGAGCACACCUGGAAAGACAGUCUUAAGGAAUGGGAUAUGGAAUACUACGACUCCAAAGCUGACAUGGAUUAUUAUGCUCUGCAGGACAGCGAUGGGGAUGGAAAUUCAGCGCAUUCAUCACCCUUGAAGCUGGAGUUUGUUUAUGACCCCAACUUCAAAAAUAACGUCAACUACUCCUACACUGCUGUGCAGAUCCCAACUGACAUCUACAAGGGCUCUCCAGUGAUUUUGAAUGAGCUGAACUGGACCCAAGCACUGGAAAAGACCUUCAUUGAAAACAGCCGUGAUGACCCGUCGCUGCUGUGGCAGGUGUUUGGAAGUGCCACGGGUGUCACCAGAUAUUACCCAGCCACCCCGUGGAGAGCCCCAGACAAGAUUGACCUAUAUGAUGUGCGGAGGCGUUCAUGGUACAUCCAGGGAGCAUCUUCACCGAAAGACAUGGUUAUUCUGGUGGAUGUGAGUGGCAGCGUAAGUGGCUUGACUCUUAAGCUCAUCAAGGCCUCUGUAAUAGAGAUGCUAGACACGCUAUCAGAUGACGACUACGUCAACGUGGCCCGGUUCAGCGAAAAGGCAGAUCCGGUGGUGCCCUGCUUCAAGCAUCUCGUCCAGGCCAACGUCCGAAAUAAGAGGACUUUCAAGCAGGCCGUGCAGCUCAUGCAAGCUAAGGGCACCACUGACUACAAGUCGGGCUUCCACUUUGCAUUCCAACAGCUGCUGAAUGUGACAAAUGUGCCGAGGGCCAACUGCAACAAAGUGAUCAUGCUGUUCACAGAUGGAGGCGAGGACCGUGCCCAGGACGUCUUCGAGCAGUACAACUGGCCCAACAAGACGGUACGGGUGUUUACCUUUUCUGUCGGGCAACACAAUUAUGAUGUCACUCCCCUGCAGUGGAUAGCUUGUGCCAAUAAAGGGUAUUACUUUGAGAUCCGCUCCAUCUGCGCCAUUAGAACCAACACACAGGAAUACUUGGAUGUUCUGGGACGGCCCAUGGUGUUGGCAGGGAACCGGGCAAAGCAGGUCCAGUGGACCAAUGUAUACCAGGAUGCUUUGGGUUUGGGACUGGUAGUGACUGGAACAAUGCCCGUCUUCAACCUCACCAUGGAGGGAAACUCACAGAACCAGCUCAUUCUGGGGGUGAUGGGUGUGGAUGUCCACCUUGACGAGAUCAAGAAGCUUACCCCGCGCUACAAUCUGGGUGCGAAUGGAUACAUCUUCGCCAUUGACCCGAACGGAUACGUCCUCCUGCACCCCAACUUGCAUCCGAAGAUGGUGAACCUGCCCGAACCUGUAACCCUGGAUUUCCUGGAUGCUGAGCUUGAGGAUGCCAGCAAACAGGAGAUCCGUCGGCAGAUGAUCGACGGGCGGCCUGGCCAGGCGACAAUCACAACUCUCGUCAAGUCGAUUGAUGAGCGAUACAUUGAUGAAGUCAGACGGACGUACACCUGGAUGCCCAUUAAUGGCACUGACUACAGUCUGGGUCUAGUUUUGCCUCCAUACAAUGAAUACUAUCUCCGCGCAGACCUCAGCGAUGAGAUGCUCCAGCUGCAGUAUCUGGAGUCCAUGCUUCCAAGCUCCUUUGAGUCUGAGGGACACGUCUUCAUUGCUCCCAGGGAUUACUGCACACAACUGCGCAUCACUGAGAACAACACCCUCUUCCUGGAGAACUUCAUUUCGCUUAUGGUGGAGAUCACAGCAGAGUCCAAGGACUGUAAUCAAGUUCUCAUUCACAACCUCAUCCUGGAAGCUGACAUAACCUGGCAGUUGGCAGCAAGAGUAUGGAAGAACAAAGAUCUGACCACAUAUGGCUUUCUGGCAUUCUUCGUGUCCACAGACGGUGGUGUCACUCGGAUAUUCCCCAAUACGGCUGCUGACUCAUGGGCUGAGGACCCAGAGCCCUACAAUGCCAACUACUACCACCGCACCAUGGACAACAAAGGAUUCAUCUUUCAUGUACCUCGGAAAAAGCCUACUGAGGACACAAACUUGGACAAUGGCACUGCCAGUGUUCUGGUCAGCACUGCGGUGGAAGUAUCUGUAGGUGGCAAGACUAUUAAACCUGCAGUUGUGGGUGUGAAACUGGACCUGGAAGCCUGGGUGGACAAGUUCAAGAUUUUGGCCAGCAACCAGUCCGACAAUCGGCAGGGUUCACAUAAGUGUGGGCCAUCCAGCAGCUGUGAGAUGGACUGUGAAGUCAACAGUGAUGAUCUACUCUGUUACCUGAUAGACGAUGGAGGAUUCCUAAUUAUGUCCAACCAGAAAGACCACUGGAAAAAGGUGGGACACUUCUUUGGAGAUGUAGAUCCGUCCCUUAUGUAUGCUCUGUACACCAGCUCCAUCUAUGCCCGUAAGCAGUCCUUUGACUACCAGUCAGCAUGUGAACCGACAGCAAGCAGCCACACGGGGGCAGCCCGACGGGGAGUCUUCGUGCCGACCAUCACAGAUAUCCUCAGUGUUGCCUGGUGGACGUCAACCGCAACCUGGUCUCUGCUUCAGCACCUCUUGCAUGGACUGGUGUACCAUAGCUGGUUCAACAGUGGUGACGUGGAGGCAGAGGGGAUAGACUUCCGGGAUAGCAGCUGUAUGACCACUUAUAGCCAGUUCUAUUUCACCAAUACCACAAACUCUUACAACACCUUGCAGGACUGUGGCAACUGUUCCAGGUUGUUCCAUGCGAAGAGGAUAGAGAAGACCAACUUGCUUUUUGUGGUGGCAGACAUUCCCUGCAAGUUUUGCGAGAUGGAGAAGCUGGUUCGGGUUAAGACACAGUACCAAGAAGAGAACCCAUGUGAACUGCUGAGUUUGGCGCGCUACCGGAAAGGCCCGGCCACCUGCUUCGACUACAACAUCCAGGAAAACACCUCAGAAUGUGGCAGGGGCCUCUCCAUUACACCGACGCUAGGAGUCCUCCUGUAUUUCCAGUUACUUCUCCUGUAUCUGUCAGCAUCUCUCUAGGCUUCACCUGAUUCCAUCUUGGUUCUGGUUUACACCCAUUUGUUCGCCCACCACAUCCUUUCUGACUCUCCCUCUGUGGUUCAACAUCUUCCAUUAUCACCCCACCCCCUUCUGUGAGUCAUUACCGAAGGGUCUCGCUGGGUUUUGUCGAUGCCUAGCAACAGCUUUCCCUCCUCCUCCUCCUCCUCCUCCUCCUUUUCCUCCAGCCUCCCUGCCAUAAUUCACUACCUCCCUCCCCCGUGGAGGUUAAUUUAUGAGUGAUAUAGAUACAGAACAGCACACCUCUGAAUCUGCCACAAGUAGCCAUGAUAAUUUGCAAAGAAUGUCUUUAACAGUGAGAACGCAAAUUAUGCAUAUACUUCUCUCUAAAAUGUGACCCUUCCUGUGGUCUGGACAUUACCUCCAGAAUUAAGGGACAGAGAGUCAACAGAUCCUAUUCUACCAUGGCACAAGAGUAAUAAUCGUGAAAUUCAGCAGCCCUGCGACAUGUGGUGACUAAGCGUGUCUGUGCGUGUCACUGAGUGCUCCAUCCGUGUGUAGUUCGUACCCGCGUCACUCUGGCCUGUGACGCCCAGGUUUUCCAGCUUCUAGCUAUAUAGCACAAUGGUGUUGGCCAAACAAAUAAAUAUAGAUGAUGAGACCUCUGGCCACUAAUCUGCUUUUUAAACCGUUUUUCUAAAGGAAGGAAAUAAAAACGGGGAACUGCCGACUUUAAUGUAAGGGUGCAUGCAUUUGCUUUAGCUUAUCCUGGGCGGGGGGAGGGGGGGGGUUGUUGGCUUGCUUUAGUUCCUGCAUGAAAGACAAACUAAAAGGAGCCGAAAAUAACAUUAGUAUCCAACUCCGCAGCUUCCCUGGUGUUGCAGUAUAAUGUGGAUUUUCUAAAUAUAGUUUGAUAUUUACGAGCGAAUGACUGAAAGGUUUUUAACAUUUAAAAUGACUUUUACAUGUCUUUUAAAAUGUGUGUAUGUGUAUGUGUGUGUGUCUAAGUAUAUAGAAAGACAGUAGAGAGAACAUGACUCACACACCCUUUGUCCCACCCAAUAGUGCCUUGGUGCACGCCACCAGCCGAACAGCCCUUGUAAGGGCUUACAGCGCUGUACACUUUUAAGUCCUCUUGGGACAUUUUACCCUUGUACCCUUGACAUAGCUGCUUUAACUGUCGCGAGCGUCGUCAUGGAACAUGUAACCUGUAGAGUCGGAAGUUAACCAAGACAAGGCUGUUUGCUAAUCAGAGGUACCUUUCUGACUGCUUGACUCAAGUGAAGGAACCACCAGUUGUUCGUAGCAGGAAGUCUGUUUACCUGUAUUUACUGUUUUCCAACCCCCUCGCCCAUUCUCAUUCUGGAGAGAUGCAGAUGAAACCACAGGGUCUUGACUCUUGAUUCUGCUACCCUGACGUAUCCCUCAGUCCUGCUCCUGAAAGCUAAGUCAGCACCGCCCUCACUGUUGGGGAAUGGAAACUGCCACACUGCCAUCAUGCCUCCAGCUGAGUUCCAUUCUACUGUACCACCCAGUCAAAAAGGGCCAAUUGAGGGAUUCAAGUAUUAGAACAGAACGUGUGACAAUGACUGCUAUUCCUUUGCCUGGGAUUUUAGAUAGACCUUUGAGUUUUAUGCCUUGUGUAGUUUUUGUGAAGCUUAUAUGUCCAAACGCUUUUCUUUUGUUGUAUAAAGUUCAGCUCCAAUUAUGUAUGCAUUCCCAGAUUCCUAUGAGAUACAGUGUUCAUCAGCAAGACUGAAAUGCAACUGAAACCUACAUGAUAAAGUUUGGCUAACCGCUGGUGCCUCUGAUGAGGACCUGCAGAAGAUAUGUGUUGGAGUUUGCAGCAUUUGUGGGAUUGGGGGGGGGGGUGGCUGCUGAAUCAGGGUGUGGGAGGUGGUAAGUGGCGGGGAGGAGCGAGUAAAUGACACAUACUGUUGAUCUUGUGCAUUUUCAUGAAAUUUUUUCCCUAAUAAAGUGCACUCAAUGGAGUUUAAGUGCACUCAUGGAUUUUUGUAUUUUAUUUUGUUAAAUCUGAGUGUCAUUUUCACCUACAUGCAGGAUCAGGUGUGAAAUAGGCACAGGAGUCUGGGAACAAAACUGUUAGUUGGCUUGGAGCAGUUGGUGAUUAAUACUUCUCAAGGAGAGAGAACAAUGUUUGUGAAGAAACCUGUAAGCAUUUACCCAAGCAUGAUUCUGCAGGAGCUUGGCCUCAAGCUACAAUGGCUCGUACGAAAAUUGCCUCUAGUGUUUGAGAUAUGUGCUACAACUUAAAAAAGCACGACAAAAAAGACUGCAAAUGAAGAGUAUUAAUAUUUAUUAAUUUCAGAUAAAUUGUUUUUUUCGCAACAUUUUAACUCCUUGAAUCUCCAAAUCAUCUUUUGUAUAGAUGGCAAUUACAAGACUAAAGGAUAGAUUUGUAAGAUAUUGUCUGCCUCUAGUAAAAUAUUAAAUAUUUUCAAAUUGUUUACAGAAUUGAUUAUUAAAUAUUGUUAAUAUUUUUCACUUCA